AUGUCCGCGGUAAAUCGGACCGACGUGAGCCCUGUGGCAUUCCCUCCUACGCCCCCGUCCGCCUCGAAACUCGAGCAAGAGUUCUUCGAAAAAGUCCACUCAAUUUUUGUCGAAGUCCACGAUGCCAAAACUCGGCGUGAAAUUGCCUCUGCAAUGUCACUGGGCUUCUUCACACGCAAAACUAUCCAAGUCUCGACCAACAAACUCAUCCGAAGAAUCAGGAGCGGCAAGGACUCCAUCUGCCCGGGGUACUUUAUUGUUCUCACCCACCUGUUUGGGAAGAAGAAGCUACACAAGCAGGCUUGGUAUGUGGGCUUUUGCGCGGAGCACGGGGACCUGGUGCGUGCCAUGCCAGGGAAGUCCUGCCUCACCAGUAUCCCGGUCUGGCAGCAACUGAAGCAGGUCAAGAACCUGCGCUCCGCCAGGCCUGGCACCGACAAGCGCCAGCAGGUCCUUUUCUGGAUCGAAAAUGUUGACAAUGGAAACGACUUCCCUGGGUUUGAUGACAAGGGCCGCAUUGACGACAACGCCAUCGCUGGUCCGCUCAUGCGCGAGACGGGGAACAGCGCAGCAAACCCAAUGCAGAAAAUGGAGGAUACCCCGAUGACCCGGGACACUGGAGAAAUCUCCCAUGCCGUCGCUGGCGCUUAG